UAUAAAUAAUGUUUCAUUGUUGUUUGUAGAUGAAGCAAAGUAUAUUUUUCCUUGCUGUAAUACCCUGCGUGUUAGGAAUAUUUGGAAAGAAAUGUGUUGUUGAUCCGAUAGAAAACAGAUGGCCGGACAUGGGAAAGAUAUGUCAUGAUCCGUUAGAAUAUAAUCAUAUGGCCAUAGAACAGGCCAUAAUAGAUGAUAGAGAAAUCCAAAUGUAUUUAGAAGAUGUCAGUAAAAUAUACCAACCAGCUGUUCCUUAUGAUGACCCACAUAUUUGCCCAGUUGAUAUUGGAAAUCCCAGUGGACCACAGAUUGUAGAAUGUGGCAGUAUAUGUCCCAGCUCUUACACUAACCUUACAACAGUAUGGUAUGAGUACGAACCAGGAAGGACUACUAUGUGUAACGUUAUCAGACCAUGGCAGCAAAUUGUAUAUUAUAUGCAAUGCGGAACCAAAUAUCCACUGGUUGACGGUAUGGAUAACUCAUUCCAAUGUGUCCCCGAAGAUAUCAUCAGACGUAAAAUAGCUGUAUAUUGUCCAAAUAUUGUACCACAAUGUAGAAAAAUGGAUAUUGACCUACCACAACAUUGUGCUGCAAGCAAAUUCCAAUGUAGACAGAAAAAGAUAUCACAGCAAUCUAAAUUAGAGAAUCUGUUUUCUUCUUUCGGUUGGUAAUAAUAACGGCGACUAGAAAUCUUACUAGACACAUCUAUGUGACAAUACAUUAUCUGUGAUU